AUGAUGCAGAUAAUGCCGAUACUGGUGGCAGACGAGAGUGCAUUGAAGGCUGGACCGGAUGGAGAGCUGCGUGCUUUGCAGGUCAAGGCGUUCCGGCUGUUUGCCGUGUUCUACAAGGCGUUUCUGGGGGUUGACAGGCACACACACACGACAAUUGCAAUUGCCCGGCAGCAUGCGAUAGCGUUGGUGGCGUUGCUACCGAAGGCAUUCCCAUCGCAGGCAUCCCACUGGAAGCUCCCAAAGAUACACAUGAUAAGACAUUUGCUGGACAACGUAAAGGAGCGUGGGAUGCCGCACCACUAUUCAACCGAAAUGUGGGAGCGCACGCACAAGGGCACGGUGAAGGGUCCAGUAAGAGGGAGCAAUUGGAGCGACAUACCUCGACGAAUCGUGGAGGAGGAGGUGCAGCGCGAGGUGUACCGCGAGGUGGCGGCGGACGCUGGGGGUGGGCGACAGUACGCGUCCGCCUUACGUGAGGCAAUCAAGACGAAGAUACCGGUGCUCAAGAAGAAGUAUCGGACAAUGCGGAUUGGCGGAGCGUCGGAUCCGGUGUACGAUGAGUACAUAACCGCGCUGGGAGACGAUAUGAAGGGUUUGGCUGAUGAGUUUAAGGCGUUGGGUCUGGCUACCAACAGCGUGCAGGUCCACACGGCGGUGGCCAUUCCGCGCACAAGAGGCGGCGAGCUGGUGGCCAAAGGGACAUUUGUGAAGGCGUCGCCCCGAGAGAGGUGGUAUUCGGACGUGGCGCUGCUCAAUGACAAGGGUGGGGACUGGUAUGCAAAAUGUCUGUGCAUCUUCAGGGCGGUUGACCGUGAUGGGGAUUGGAAGGGGUACGCAUAUGUGAGCCGUGAUCGCAACACCAUCAUUCUCACCAUUCACAAGGCGCAUCGCAUCACCGGCGAGGUGACGCCGCCAGUCACGGAGCACGGCUUCAGUGUGCAGCACCUCACCAACACCCGAAUCGUCAACAUUCGUGGAUCGGUUCCGGAGACGGGCCUGCCGCACCUGCAGGGAGUGGGUGACGCGCUAAAGGCGUAUUACCGCGUUAUGCUGAUGAGGCGUGCGAUAGGGUCCAAGCGGUUCCAAUUCGACUAUUCGGCUUCCAUCGCGGAUGUCGACUAUAACGACAUGCUCGAGUGGCUGGGAGAAUCGUGGACUCGUGUGCGCGCGGCAACCAUGCAGCGGAGCUGGUGGCGCGCAGGAUGCGUGCCGGCGAGCUGGCCGCCCCUGAUGGCGUACCUGGGUGACACGUGCGCAACCGGCAUGUUUGAGCCUAUUAUCUCGGUAUGCGUCGAUUUGCAGUUGCUUAUCGAGAAGUUCAAGGUGAGGCCUGCGUGCUACAUGACGGCCGCAGAGUUUAUCAACUGCGACGCGGGACUAUGCGUGGAGCAGGGGUUCAGAGCCACACCUGCUGACAGCGCGUCCGAUGACUCGUCGGGCGAGAUGAGCCUGCCAGACGGCCCACUCCUGCGGGACGAGCGCAGCAGGAGGCGCGUGAUACGCAACGUCACCCGCGCGUACGUGGAGCGUGCCGAUGAGCUCGGCAUCCCCCCGGCGGCUGUGCCAGCAGAGGUCGGAGCAUCGAACCAGGAGGUGAUUUCCCGCCUAUGCAGGACGCCUGUCAAGAGGGCUCGCGCGGGGGGGCGAGCUGAGGACGGGACAGCCGAAGAAGUGCUGCAGAGUGAUGAAGUGCUGGAGAGUGAUGACGACCAGUGA